AUGUUUAAAUUAAAAAUGAUAGAAAAUGUAUAAGAUCUUGAUUGUCAGAUGAAACAUAAAUAUCCUAUAGCUCAGGUUGUCUUAGAUCCUUAACUACAACAAAAUUAAAGACUCCUUUGCUAACAAUGUAUUGCUGAUUAUGAAACAAAUGCCAAGACUAUUGGAUUUAAAAAAGUUAUCCAAGAUAUUGAAUAUAAGAAAAAGAAGUCAUUAGAAAGCAUAGAGUAUCUAAUCAAAUAAUAUAUUAAUAAUAUUAAGUCAUUCUAAACUUAAAUCGGUACUUUGAAGUCAAACAUUAUUGAAUAAUUAGAUCAUAUGAUUGAUUAUACAAAAUAUUGGAUAUUAAAUUUAAAAUCCACAGGUUCAUAGUAUUUUGAGUAUAGUUUGUUUAAAGAGUUAGAUUUACUAAUCAAUUAAUAAUCAACUCAAAAUGAUUACAUUAAUUUAAGAAAUCAAAUUAAAAAUCUAAAUGAUUGUUGGAAUACAAAAAUUAAUUCUAAACUUGAAAUAUUCAAAUCAUUUCAAGUAUAUCAGCAAUGUAAAAAUAUAUUAAACAAUUUAAUUGAAUUAUCUUAAGAUUUAUAAUAAACAAACUCUAGUCCUGUUAUUUAGUAAAAUAUCAAUUCAGUUACAGAGUAAGACAAUUAAGUCUAUAAUAAUUUAAUACCUUAAUAAAAUUAUUAAUAAAGUUUCAGUAAAUUAAAAUUAUUUGGUAACUCUAUAAAACAAUUAGAUAUUUGUAAUGCAAUUGUAUUUGAUCAAAAAAGUAAAAUUAUGGUAUCAACUAGUAAAAAUGAUAUUAAAAUUUGGAAUUUCAAUAAUGGAAUAAUUAAAUAAAUUCAUUCUCUUUAAGGACAUUCAAAACAAGUUAAAUGUCUAGUUUAUAGCUAAAUUAAUAAUUAUUUUGUUUCUGGAUCUGUUGAUGGUUAGAUUAGGAUUUGGAAAUAUUACAAUGAUACUUAAUGGUAAAGUUCUAUACCAUAAAAUGAACAUAAGGAGGAUAUUUAUGAUAUAAUCUUAACAUAAAAAGAGGAUUAAUUAAUAUCAUGUAGUUAGGAUUAAUCUAUUAAAGUAUGGAUGGUAGAUAUCAACAAAAACGAAUUAAAAUUUCUAUAAUCUUUAGUUAAGCAUAUUGAUGGUGUUUGUUCAUUAAGCUUAAAUCGAUCAGAGAAAGUAUUGGUAUCAUGUGGUCUUGAUGCUAACAUAAUAAUUUGGAAGAAAAAAACAAAUACUGAGUGGAUAUUUUAAUAUGUUGUUAAUUAAUCAAUAUAAGAAGUAGGAUCUCAUGUUAAGUUUCUAAGGGAAAAUUAAUUUAUUUGGUUAUCACAGGUGAGUAAUACUAUAUGUGUAUUUGAAACUAAAUAAAGUGAUUUUUAUCAAGAAAGCACAGAGAAAAGAGUUUAAUUUCGUAAAAAUUUUGAAGGUUAUUCUAAUUUAGAAGGGUUUCCAAUUAUUUAUAAUCGUUUUAGAAAUAUUAUCUGCUUAAGACAUAUGUGUCAUAUUUGUAUACUUGAGGAGCAAAAUGAUGGAUAUUUUUCAAUUGUUGAAGAAUUAGAUUGUCAGGAUUGGUCUAUAUAAGGAACCAUAACAAAUGAUGGAUAAUAUUUAGUUUUAUGGGGAGAUGAAAAGAAGAUAUAUGAAACUUAUAAAAUAUUAUACUAAUGA